AUGCAAGACAACGUAUUGUAUUUUUUUAUGUCCUUUGCAGAAGACAAAUUUUUAACGGACAAUGGAAUAGCGGAGGCUUUAAACGAUUCUGAGUUUGAAUUUUCGGGAGAUGAUUCAGAUGAAGAUUCGACGUUUGUGCCGCUAGAACUUAACCAAACAGCCAAUGAUCAUCAAAUCAGUGAGUCAAGCAGUUCAGAUGAAGAGGGAAACACAUUGGUUCCUGCAGCUGCUUCCCCGGCGUUCUCUAACAGUUCUGAUAUCAUCAUCAUCACGGCCCCGCUCAAAAGGACGUGGCAGCAGUGUUUCACGUGGACA